GAUGACUACAGCUCAGAGUCUGAUGUGAUUAUUAUACCUUCAGCCCUGGACUUUGUCUCACAAGAUGAAAUGUUGACACCACUGGGAAGAUUGGACAAGUAUGCUGCAAGUGAGAACAUAUUUAACAGACAAAUGGUGGCCCGAAGUUUGCUGGAUACGUUGAGGGAAGUCAGCGAUGAUGAAAGAGAUUGUAUUGCUGUUUUGGAGAGAAUUAGCAGAUUGGCUGAUGACUCAGAACCAGCUGUGAGAGCGGAGCUGAUGGAGCAGGUGCCUCAUAUUGCGUUGUUUUGUCAAGAAAAUCGACCUUCAAUCCCAUAUGCUUUUUCCAAAUACUUACUACCUAUUGUGGUUAGAUAUCUCGCAGAUCAGAAUAAUCAGGUGAGAAAAACAAGUCAGGCAGCUCUGCUGGCUUUGCUGGAGCAGGAGCUAAUUGAGCGAUUUGAUGUGGAGACCAGAGUAUGCCCCGUCCUUGUAGAACUCACUGCUCCAGACAGCAAUGAUGAUGUGAAGACAGAAGCUGUUGCUAUAAUGUGCAAGAUGGCGCCCAUGGUUGGGAAGGACAUCACCGAGCGCCUUAUCCUCUCUAGGUUCUGCGAGAUGUGCUGUGACUGCAGAAUGUUUCACGUUCGAAAGGUCUGUGCUGCCAAUUUUGGAGAUAUUUGCAGUGUAGUUGGUCAACAAGCUACAGAGGAAAUGCUGCUGCCCAGGUUUUUCCAGCUUUGCUCUGAUAAUGUGUGGGGCGUUCGAAAGGCUUGUGCUGAAUGUUUCAUGGCAGUUUCGUGUGCAACAUGUCAAGAAACCCGGCGGACUAAAUUGUCAGCACUGUUUAUUAAUUUGAUCAGUGAUCCCUCACGUUGGGUUCGCCAAGCAGCUUUCCAGUCUCUGGGGCCGCUCAUAUCCACUUUUGCUGAUCCGUCCAGUUCUGGCCGGCAGUUUAAAGAGGAAGGCCAGAGCUCAGAAGAUAACUUGUCAAUAGAAGGGAUAAAUAGACUCAGUGAUGGAGAAGAUGUCCCUGAGGAUGCAGAGACUCGGCCAGAGACUCCGCUUUCAGACCUCAGUGUCAGCAAUUCCAGCACCAAGCUGGAAGACACACUGGCAGAGCGCGCGGAAAUCACUCGGAGGUCUUCAGGUGAACCAAGUGUUCCGGUGGACAGCUCCGUACUUUGUACCUUGUCCUCAGAAUCGCAUCAGGAUGGAGCUAGUAACGUGAAUGCUAAAAAACCUGGUAACUACAAAUCUCUGCUGCGGCCAGAGGUGGGCACAAGUUUACAAGAUUUUGUUCUCUCAGACCAGGAAUUAUACAACUCCUUCCAUUUCUGGAGGACUCCUCUUCCUGAAAUAGAUAUAGAUACAGAGCUUGAACAAGAGUCUGGGGAUAAACUCAGUCCAGAGAGACCACAAGAAACUCCUGAAGUUACUGUGCCCUGUUCUCCAAAUAUUACCAUGGCCACCAGAAAGGAACUUGAAGAAAUGAUAGAAAAUCUAGAGCCCCAUAUCGAUGAUCCAGAUGUUAAAGCACAAGUGGAAGUACUGUCUGCAGCACUCCGUGCCUCUUGUCUGGAGGCUCACGAGGACACUAUUGAUAUAGAGAAGAGAAGUGAUUUGCAAGAUGAACUGGGUGUAAAUGAGCUACCAAAUGUUAAAAUAAAUCAAGAUGAUUCUGUGCCUUUAAUCAACGAUGCUGUGGAGAAUAUUGACUGCACUCUUCACUAUAUUCAUACUGACUCGGACCUGAGCAUCAAUAGUGUUUUUAGCCCUGAUGAGGAAAAGAAAUCUAAAGUGCAGGACGUUGUACCUCAAGCUUUAUUAGAUCAAUAUUUAUCUAUGACUGAUCCCUCUCGUGCACAAACUGUUGACACUGAAAUUGCUAAGCACUGUGCAUAUAGUCUUCCUGGUGUAGCCCUUACACUUGGCCGGCAAAACUGGCACUGCCUGAGAGAGACUUACGAAACCCUGGCAUCAGAUAUGCAGUGGAAAGUUCGAAGAACUUUAGCAUUUUCUAUCCACGAGCUUGCAGUUAUUCUUGGAGAUCAGCUGACAGCUGCAGAUCUAGUUCCAAUUUUUAAUGGAUUUUUAAAAGACCUCGACGAAGUUAGAAUAGGUGUCCUGAAACAUUUGCAUGAUUUUCUAAAGCUUCUUCAUGUUGACAAAAGAAGAGAAUAUCUCUAUCAGCUUCAGGAGUUUUUGGUGACAGAUAAUAGCAGAAAUUGGCGCUUUCGAGCUGAACUGGCUGAACAGCUGAUUUUACUUCUAGACCUAUACGGCCCAAGAGAUGUGUAUGACUACUUAAGACCCAUAGCUCUGAAUCUCUGUGCAGAUAAAGUAUCUUCUGUCCGUUGGAUUUCUUAUAAGUUGGUUAGUGAGAUGGUGAAGAAACUAUACCUGUCAGCACUCCCAACAUUUGGAAUUGACCUCAUAAAUGAACUUGUAGAAAAUUUUGGUCGAUGUCCCAAAUGGUCUGGUCGGCAAGCCUUCGUCUUUGUAUGUCAGACUGUCAUUGAAGAUGAUUGUCUUCCCAUGGACCAGUUUGCUAUAUAUCUGAUGCCACAUUUGCUCACCUUGGCAAAUGACAGGGUUCCAAAUGUCAGAGUAUUGCUUGCAAAAACGUUGCGACAAAAUCUAUUAGAAAAAGACUACUUCUUAAAUUCUGCCGGCUGCCAUCAGGAAGCUGUAGAACAAACCAUCAUGGCUCUUCAGAUGGACCGUGACAGUGAUGUCAAGUACUUUGCGAGUGUCCUCCCUGCCAGCUCCAAGGCUGCCGAGGACGCCAUGAGCACAGCGUCUUCCACGUACUAGAAAGCUUGAACCGCAGCGUCUUUCCUGCUUACUGGAGAGCCGAGAUUCCACAGACGCUUCUGACCCGUGUGAUCUGGGACAGCGUUUUGGAAAGGAGGAAAGACCUUGCUUUCUUACCAGACUUGAUUGCAGGUGAAAGUUGCCUAUACCUGAUACCAGGGAUUUUACGAGUCAAGAGAAAGUACAGCAAACACGAUUAUCUCGACUUUAGGAACAUGAUUUCUCAGAGGAUUAUAAUGAUCACCGAAGCCUUAAACCCUUCCGUCUUCCUCACUGAAUGAAACUUGAAUUGGCAGAGCGUGUGGAUUACGGUAGGGAUGUGAUCCCCAGAGAUAGUGGUUGCUUCUUCCUGGCUUUAUCUAACAGCCCCGAGGAAGAGGAGCCAGGAUGUGAGAGAAAGCGGCCGUGUUCCUUUAAAUGCUUUCCUAGGCCAGGACCUGUGUGGGGUCUGUGGCCUGCUGCCCAGCCCAGCCCUACAUGUGGAUAGUUUUUUUACUUGUGUAAAUGAGAAAAGGAAGUGUUUCUGUUCUUUGUUUUUUCUCUUAAGGGCUUGAUGCUAACACUAAAGUAGAACCUGAUUUCAACUCUUAAAUACAGCAUAUUGCUGUAUACAUUUACAGAACUAUCUUUGUCCUGAUUUUUCUUCCCAUGCUGGUCAUGAGCUAAAGGAAAUUUAUUAGCACGUAUAAUAUAUGUCAGAUAUUUUAAACUUGAUCAUGAUUGGCUCUGAAGUGCAGCUUUUCCUUCACAUACUGUAUCUGUGACCACUCUUGGGAGUGCUACAAUCUUUAAUCAUGCUGUUGUGGCACAGGUUCUCUUACUUGUCCAAAUGAACUUUAUUAAUAAGAUCUACAUGGAGAGAUAUAUACACUUUUGAUUGUUUUCUAGAUGUUGGCAAAUAAAUGCAUUGGUGACUUGUAUUAAUGAAUUAGCCUAAAAUGGGGGGAUGAAAUAAAAUAUUUGUCCUUUAAGUCA